GUUGUCCUCGGGAGUCUUCGUACGCGCGAAUCUCAUCAGUCCGAUGCGGACCGCGCUCACGUCGAUAUCGGUAAUUCGUGCGUACCGUGUUCGUGCUCGCGCGCGGCGUGAUAUUUCGUUUCGCGUAACGCGGUGCGUCUCUCGCCACGGCUGUCAACGUAAGCGACGUGUCAAAGGACGUCGACUGUCUCCUCAUUCCGCGUGUGUAUGUGUGUUUAGUGUCCCUGUGUGUGCUGCCCACCGUAUCCCGGAUGCCCGAUGUGUCCCGCACAGCGGAGUACGCGGGCGGCGUCGCUAUGCGACGGUGAACGCCGAUGACACACGGGGCUUUCAUCCUCGCGUGGCGCGCGACAUCGGCCAGCAGGAUCGCGGUUGAGAGAACACCCGUGGCCUAGACGGCAGGAUUUUCGGGGCUACGAGAAGCUGCGCCUCGGAUCGAUCGACGACCGGACACCUGGAGGUGGUAGACAUCAAGGAGAAAAGAGGAUGAGAGGAGGAGUCGAUCCGCCGUCGAAGGUGAGGCGAGGUGGAACCGACUGAAAAAGAGAAGAAAAAGAAGAAAAAAAGAAGAAGGCUGAAAGUGAAGAAGAGACGCGGUGGAGGAGACGGCGGAGAGGGGUCGAAAGGUUGAGCGACCUACGGACCACGACGAGGAGGAGGUGGUGGCGGGGAGAGGGUAGACGGGGAAGAAAGAGGAGGAGAAGGAGAACGACCGGUGGAGAAGGACGGAGAAAUGAUCUUGGUAGGUGACUGGCAAAGUGCUUCGGUGGUCGACUCCUCGACGAAAGGCAGAUAGCGCCGCCAUUAGUCGUUGCCGGGGCACGGAACAUCGGGCCCAUGCGCGUUGCGGCCCUGGCCGUGGGUGAGGAGGGUGAGGAGGAAGAGGAAGAGGACGAGGACGAGGAAGAGGAGGCGGAGGACCGAACGGGGCAUCGCCACGAGGUUCGCGGGCUCGCGAUGUGCCCCGCGGCUACGGCGGCAGUGGGGGGCAGAAGUCGACAGCCCGCCACGAUGUGUCCGAUUUUCUUUGUGCUGCUGCUGCUGUUACCUGUCUGGAUCCUGACGAUCGUCGUCGAUGCGUCUCCCCUUCAUCCCGUACCGCCGCACAGAGAUAUCACGCGCAACUCAUACAUCGGAUAUUACGAGGCAGCUACUUAUGACACCGCGACCUUGAGACAACAUCGCAAUCGGAUACGUCGCGACGUCACCGACUCCGAGCAACCUCUGAUUUUACACCUGAAGACGCUUGAUAGAUUCUGGACGAUACGGUUAGUUCACGACGCGAGUCUGUUCAGCAAGGACGCAUCUUUUGAAAGUACGGACGGACCAAUAUCCUUCGACACGUCGCAUUCUUAUGUCGGUACUAUUUUAGAGGACGAGAGCGCCAUGGUGCAGGGCGUCGUUACGAAAGAUGGUCUAUUCGACGGUAGCAUCGUGACCAGAUUCGAAGAGUAUUACAUCGAGCCGACGAGCAGGUAUUUGAAUAAAAAUGAAGACACGUCGCCGCCCUAUCACAGCAUAGCUUAUCGUACUUCCGACGUUACCACCCCGCCGCAUGCAUCGUGUGCCAGUCAUCAGCUGCACCAAGAGGGAGCUCUUCGUGAUUCCUUCGAUAGAUACAACAACUCACAGGGAUUCUACGAGCCCUUGCUCGGCGAACACGUCGCUCUCUACUCGAGGGAAAACAACGCGAGGGUGUUAACAUUGGAAACGAAUAACGAGGGUGAUUACAUAGACGCUAUGAGCAACAGAGAUCGGAUUGCGAGGCAUCUGCACAAGCGCGCAACGGUAGAUCCUCGGAAAACUACCUGCAUGCUCUACUUGCAAGCGGACCAUCAGUUUUUCGCGCGAUACGGCACGGAGGAAGCCUGUAUUGAGGUGAUGACGAGGCACGUGCAGAGAGUCAACUCUAUCUACAAACACACGGACUUCAAUCAAGAUGGACGGCCGGAUAACAUCAGCUUUAUGAUAAAACGUGUCAAAGUGCACAGCGAGGAUGCGCUGAGAGAUCCUAAUUAUCGUUUCCCAGGCAAUUACGGUGUGGAGAAAUAUUUAGAGCUCUUCUCAGAGGAGGAUUAUGACGCAUUUUGCCUGGCUUAUAUGUUCACGUAUCGCGACUUUGAAAUGGGAACUCUGGGAUUAGCGUGGACGGGCGAUUUGAAGAACGCCGGCGGCGUAUGUGAGAAGAACGGGCAUUACCGUGGUAGCAUGAAGUCACUCAACACCGGCAUAGUGACCCUAUUAAAUUACGGGAAGCACGUACCGCCUGCGGUCUCUCACGUUACUUUGGCUCACGAGAUCGGCCACAACUUUGGCUCGCCGCACGAUCCGGAACAAUGUACACCGGGCGGCGAGGAUGGCAACUUUAUAAUGUUUGCCCGUGCUACCAGUGGUGACAAGCGUAACAACAAUCGCUUCAGCCCAUGCAGCCUGAACGCCAUAAAUCCCGUGCUCAACAGCAAGGCACGUUCACCGAAGGGAUGCUUUACCGAACCGCAAGUAUCUCUGUGCGGCAACGGCGUGGUGGAGGAAGGCGAGGAGUGCGACUGCGGCUGGGAAGAGGAUUGCCGGGACUCGUGUUGCUUUCCUCAACGCCGUUAUCCGCCGGCCGAGGAGACUCCGUGUACGCUCACACCACGCUCCGUGUGUAGUCCUAGUCAAGGUCCGUGCUGUACCGCCGAGUGUAAUCUCCGUUUCGGAGACAAGUGCAGGGACGACAAUGGCUGUCGCGACGCGAGUUUCUGCGACGGUCGUUCUCCCUAUUGUCCGCCGUCUAUUAAUAAGCCCAAUAAAACCAUUUGCAAUCGCGAACUGGUUUGUUUUAUGGGGGAGUGCACUGGCAGCAUUUGCUUGGCAUACGGAUUGGAAUCUUGCCAAUGCAUACCAGGUCCGAACGAUCCGCCGACGAAGGCUUGCGAGCUCUGUUGCCGACUUCCUGGGGAAAAUCAACCAUGCUCGUCUUCUUUCGACUGGAAUUCUCCACCGUAUGAUAUUCCUGACAUGUUCUCAAAACCGGGAACUCCAUGUAACGAUUAUAACGGCUACUGUGAUGUCUUUCAAAAAUGUCGCGAGGUUGAUCCAAGCGGUCCAUUAGCAACUUUAAGAAAGCUUUUAUUAUCCGACGAGAGCCUCGCUACUUUCAGACGGUGGGUUGCCGAACAUUGGUAUGCCGCCGCUCUGAUAAUUUUAGCAGCGAUAUCAUUACUGGUGGCCAGCAUGAGAUUACUGGGCAAGCGACCAGACUUGAAGUUAAAGUCUGUCACGAUAAUUCACAGUUCUACAACGGAAACGGUGCGACUUCCGCCGGAGGGUGCGGAAGGAGUGACGGUGCAUCCACCAGCAGUGCGCGCCAAGCUUCCUCUUAGUCGAAAGGUCAGGGAAAAAAGGCGUCAUCGCAGGCAUAAAGAAGGUGGCCACGCUGACAAAUCCAACAAUAAAGAUGUUAUAACGAAGAAGAAACAACAAAAUCAGCAAACGAAAAGAUUAUCUACCGGGCAGGUGGAUGAUUUCGCGCGGAAGAGGCCGGCCGAGGCUUUGGCUGCUGCGGCGCAGGAGAAUAAACGAAAAAAGACUACAUCGGUGAAAGAUAAGGGACAAACCGGUAAUAAUCUGGCCGGUGGCAGCAGCGGCGGCGAUAACGAUAAGAGGAAGCGCAAGAAGCAGCAUAGGAAGGAGGUAAUCGACUAUUCGGCAAUCCAGGCAGAAAAAGAACCAGAGCCAAAUGCAGAUCCUAAGAGCAAGGUGCGCUCUUGGCUAUUAGCAUCCUCGCAAUGCCGACCAGAUAUUGGCACGCGGACUAAUAUAAGCGGUUUGCCAAAGAGCAAGUCAACUCCCGUGGGUCUAACAGCUAGCGGGGGUGGUGUGGUAGCAUCCAGGCAACCCGUGGCGCCGGUGUCGAGGCAACAAGCUUCAACACCUGCCCGACGUUCCGGCGCUCUGGAAGCUGGACGAAUGGUGGAAUUGAAAAAUUCAUCGGGUUCUCUCGCCAGAAAAGAACGGGCGAGACUCCAAGUAGUGUACAAGCCGCCGUUCCGGUUUAGUGUAAAGCUACGCAAAUCUGAUAAGGUGGCGCAGGCACCAGCAGGCGCGACUGCGAGUCACGCUAAUGUGAGCAGCAGAACCGCGAAGCUGCCGAGAACUGGAGUACUUCUGCGAACCGCGGCCAAGAGAAAGGAUCGAGUUAGAAUAGGCAGAGCGCGACAAAUCGCGCCUACCGGCAUUGGGAACAGCGGUAGUGAUCUGCCGGAACCGGCCAACUCCGAUUUGCAUACCGUACCCUCUGAUUUGGAAGUACUGUUAUCGGAGAGUGAGUUUCUUUUUUCGGACACGUGACCAUGGGCUUCGAUAGGAACGAGUGUGUUCGAGUUUGUUUCGAGUCGCUACGCGGCUUGUAAGUAGUUUUUAUGUAUUUAUUCUAGCGCAAGAAAGAGAUUACUUUAUUAGGAUAUGCGCGCGGGAUGAUAAAUGCGUUGAAUCGUUAGUGCGUGUAUUAAAGAAAUCCCGUCCGAGAACGUGGAAGGGAAGAGUAGUCUAAUUGAUUUAUUGCCGAAUUUAUCGAUGUUUCGGUUCGUGUUUCAACUAUUUGCCGAUUGUCCUGUGUAUAGGUCGGGAGGACAUAUCGAUUCUUAUCGUUCUUCCUUCCCUCAUCUCUAGAGUAAAGCGAUAGCGCGACGACCGGUUAUAUAUGUUUAUGAUUGCUCGUGCUGUGAUUGUCAGUACGAUGAAAAUGUUUUUCAUGCGCGAUUAGGACAAACGAAAUUUGCGCUUGGACGAUGACGAACGUUGCACCGGCGUUAGUUUUCGACGAUCGAGCCAGUUUUCUUCUUCCAAAGAAAGGGGCCAAAUCAAUUGUUUAAGAAUGACUGGCAAAUAAACGCCGCAAGUAUAUAUACACUGAUCACACUCGCCUAAUAUUUCACGAAACUGUGAAAGCAGAUUAUGUCUUACAAUUCGUUUUCGUCGAUGAUAGCUUUAAAUUUUCGGCGGUCAGUGUGCAACUGAUAUCAUACUCAAAAAGUAAAACGUAUUGAAAGCAAUGCUUUAUCUUAAUAUCUCUUUACACUGUGCCUGUGCUAUUACUCUCUGUACCCUAUUUUUUGACGCUUAAGGAAAAUCACACCUGGUGAAAGUGAAAUUUUCAUUUAUAUAUUGACGAUAUAUCGAUUGUGGUCGAGAAGAUGACAAAAGGAAAGAUGCGUUAAAGCAUAGAUGGCUUUGAUUAAUUGAUUUUAAUCGGUCCUUUCUAAAUUAGCCUUAAUUAUAAAAUGUAGCUAUAAUUUCUACAUCGUCGUUGUUAUAUGAUACGGCUAUAAAAAAAAUUUUAUAUUUUAGAUCUAGUUGUAAUAUUACUAUUACAUAUUUUAUAUUAUAACCCUAGCUAUAUAAUAUAGCUAAAAACAUUACAAAAUACAUUGUACAUUGCAAAUUAUAAUUUUCGUUAUGAUAUAUGUAAUUAAUGUGUAUUUUACGUUAUAGCUAUUAUUGUAAUGUAACGUAUCAUACAUAUAUUAGCUAUAUUUAUCAUAGCUAGGGCUAUGAUAUUGACGCAGAGGAACAAAGCUUAGUAUAUCACGCGCGCGAUCAGAGAGUUAAUCUGACAUUAAUGAGUUGACGUCCAUUUAAGAGAUGACGUCUAUCUAGGACGUCAGGCAACUUUGAAAAGAUCGUCGGAAGGUCCUCUCGUAUCUUCACCGCCCGACCUGCCUGUAACGCGUUAAAGUAACAUUAUUACUCACUUCAGAGAUUCCUAUCGUCAACAAUUCCUAAUCUGCUACAAUUCGUGAAGCAUCCUGUCGGGGAUCUAGUUCGUGUCUUUAGCGCGUCCGCGAGUAAAAUUGCGAGUCGAGUCAACGGCGAAUUGCUUAUAUAUUUUUAAGACUGUACAAUAUCUCUUUAACGAUGCCUGUUCCGUCGAGUUUUCCGUUGCUCGCGAUUACUAUCGUAGGAGACACGUCGUUCCUCCUAUAUUUUAUACUCAAUCUCCAACUCCGAAUAUAUCUCUGGUGCUAACACUUGGUGUACUUACGCCUUUGUCCGUAUUUCCGAGCGUAAUUUCCAUUUGUAAAUAUGCUUUACUGCCCAGACAUUCCUGUUCGCUCUGCGAAAGAUAAGUGGAUUAACUAGAAUCGAUAGAUAUAAUCGUUCUGUUUGCAUUUAGAUUUUUUUCCAAACAUAUUUCUGAUAAGGUAAAGAGAAAAAAAUCUAUACAAUCAAAUAUAUUGUAUACUUAUCAAUAUAGAAAGAGAAACAUUUUUAUAAUUCCAAGAAUUAAAUUAAGAGAAGGAAAUACAAUAUAUAAAUACAUUAAAUUUAAUUCGCGAUGAAGUGAUAGUGCGAAAAAUAUUUUUGUCUUUGUAUUACAAAUAUAUAUUCUAGGAUCCGUUAUAUAAAACGGAUCUCUAUCGAUUCUUAUUAAUUGGCUUGUGUGUUUCUUGCGCAUCGAAAGCGUUUGCUGAGUUUAAGUUCCUUGCACUCGCGGCUCGCGAGCAGUCGGGUGCUAAAAAAAAAAUGUAUCUCGGUACAGAGAGUAUUCACGUGUUCGCGUUUCAAGAGUC